AUGUCUGGACGAGGCAAGCAAGGAGGCAAAGCUCGCGCCAAGGCCAAGACCCGCUCUUCUCGGGCCGGGCUGCAGUUCCCCGUGGGCCGAGUGCACCGCCUGCUCCGCAAAGGCAACUACGCCGAGCGGGUCGGGGCCGGCGCGCCGGUGUACCUGGCGGCGGUGCUGGAGUACCUGACGGCCGAGAUCCUGGAGCUGGCGGGCAACGCGGCCCGCGACAACAAGAAGACGCGCAUCAUCCCGCGCCACCUGCAGCUGGCCAUUCGCAACGAUGAGGAGCUCAACAAGCUGCUGGGCAAAGUGACCAUCGCGCAGGGUGGUGUGCUGCCCAACAUCCAGGCCGUGCUGCUGCCCAAGAAGACCGAGAGCCACCACAAGGCCAAGGGCAAGUAAUGGCCUAGAUUAGUUUACAGUAAGUCGAAUAAGUCGAAUCCAAACCAAAGGCUCUUUUCAGAGCCACCCAUCUUUUCUGGAAAAGAACUUAACGCUUGUUUUAUACUGGAUGAGAAAGUAAGAUUUACCGGGAAAAGUUGAGUCACAAUUAUCUUUUUGAAAGCAAAACAUCAUUGAUUAAAAGCAAUACUGCAGGGAUAGUAAGGUGUGUAUCUCGUCUAAAAAGUUAUUUGAAGUGAUUGUGAGUAGACCUAUUAGAUCUCUUGCUUAAACAUCUAGUUAACGUGCGUC